GAUGGCUUUCUUCCCCGAGUCUUCAUCUGUCGUAGAUAUGGAUAUAGAUGAUGCUACUGGGCCGUCAAUAACUCCGGAAAUAUCUCUAGACCUGCGAUUGCGAUGGCUCGAGACACUUUUGUUCGGCACGCGUCAAGAGGAGCAACGAAGGACCUCACAAAUACAGCAGGGGAAGAGUGGUACUACUCUAAUACGUGGAGCUGAUGACCUGCAGCGGAAACUUGGGGCCAUCGUGCAGAAUAACGAUGGGCUAAAACGCUUUCUAGACCACUCCGAGCAACACGCUCAUUUAUUAACGCCUUCGUUCGCCCUAUCUGGUACACUACCUACGUCGCCGACGUAUGAGAGCAUGACUGCGGCAGAAGUUGAAGCUAUGCUCACCGAGAUGGAGCCCGACAUCCGCGCCGCCGACCGUGAUCUGCGCGAGAUUGAGCUGUUGGAGAAAAAAGAUGUCACUGGUGCAGGAAAGCUCUCAGACUAUGAGAUCCUACAGCCUCGUCUGGACGCACUCAUGAAGGCACACGAAGAAGACCUACAUAAGGCAGCCGAGCUCGAGAAGCGUAUUGCUGCACUCAUGAACCGCUACGCCACCAACGUGGAUACGCUGUCAGAGUUGUUCGUCGCCUGGGAUGAUACCCUCCGCGAUGCGGAGCUCGAAGUCGCGAGGUUGGAGAAGGAGCAUCAGGAGCAGAGACGGCUCGGUCUUGUAUGAUACCCUGCAUCAUGUACUUUGUGAUCACACUUGCAUAUAUACCGUCGCCACCAGCCAUUUUGUCCGCUUUCUUGUCCUGACUCACACCCUUGCCUGACUCGGCAUGGAAGAAAGCUGCCGUACUUCAUUCUCUACCACCACUUGCUCGAUCCUACGGCCUCCGAAAGACGACACUUAUCCCAUAAUCUUCAAUCGCCAUGUCCCAGACCGGUGCCCUGGCAAGCGAAUCAGCAAGCACGAUAGCGCGAGCGGCGAAGACAGCCUUUGAAGCGUCUCAGCUCGUGCCUUCAUCUGAGCGAGUAAACGCUUUGCACGAAAUCCGCAGGGAGCUUGAAAAUGCGAAGGCUGAGAUUCUCGAGGCAAAUCGCAAAGACUUGCAGGCGGCUCAAGCAGAAGUCGAUGCAGGGCGGAUGGCUCAAUCCCUUAUGAAGCGUCUUGAUCUCACGAAGGGAGACAAAUGGGAUUCGAUGCUUCAGGGUGUGACAGACGUCGCAGACCUCCCAGACCCGACCGGCAAAAUUACAUACGCCUGCGAGCUCGACGAUGACCUCGAGCUAUAUCGUGUAUCGUGCCCCAUCGGUGUGCUGCUUGUUAUCUUUGAGGCGCGCCCAGAGGUUGUGGUGAACAUCGCCGCGCUGGCGAUCAAGUCGGGAAACGCCGCAAUUCUGAAGGGCGGGAAGGAGUCAAACGAAACGGUACAGUUACUCUCGAAAGCAAUUCAGACUGCCCUCGCGAAGACACCAAUCCCGAACACAUAUAUUCAGGCUAUCCAGACUCGUGCCGAGGUGUCUGCUCUGCUUGAGCUCGACCAGUACAUCGACCUUGUCAUCCCGCGCGGCAGUAAUAGCCUCGUGCGUAGCAUUCAGAACAGCACUCGCAUCCCCGUCAUGGGGCAUGCAGAUGGGCUCUGCGCAGUAUACCUUGACCAAGCUGCCGAUGCAGAGAAGGCUGCCAGAAUCACUGUAGAUUCUAAAACGGAUUAUCCAGCAGCGUGCAAUGCUGCAGAGACGCUUAUUGUGCAUGAAGCUUUGCUGUCUACAACUUGGCCGAAAGUCGCACGGGCACUGCUCGAUGCCGACGUACACCUCCUCUGCGAUCAAAGGACCCUCUCUGCACUCUCCUCCAUCUCCCCGGCACCUCCAAAACUCUCAACCCAUGUUCGCCCAUCCAAGCCAGACGACUACCGCACAGAACAUCUCUCGUUGACGAUCUCUGUGCUCGCCGUUCCCUCGCUUGCCGCUGCAAUGGCGCAUAUCAAUGCGCAUUCCUCACACCAUACCGACUGUAUCGUGACCGAGGACACCUCUGCGGCAUCGAUCUUCUGCCGUGGGGUCGACUCAGCCGGUACGUUCGUGAACGCGUCGACACGUUUCGCAGACGGCUUCCGCUACGGCUUUGGCACCGAGGUCGGCAUCAGCACCGGUCGUAUACACGCACGCGGGCCGGUCGGCCUCGAGGGGCUCGUCAUCUACAAGUACAUGCUCCGCAGCAAGGGCCCGAACGGGCACAUCGUAGGCGAGUUUGGCGUCGGCGCGGGAAAGAAGCAGUACAAGCACGUCAAGAUCGAUGCAGCGAGUGUGCUCUUCUGACAUCUUUCCUAGUCUGUGUAUACAAAAUAGCAGCGUAUUAAUGGACACGAGCAUGUGUGUAGCAAUGCAUGGUGGGGGGCAUGCUGGAUGGUUUACGAUGACACGGGCGGGUCGGUCUCGUCUAGCCUGGCCUUCUUUUCUGAGGGUGAAGCUGGUGGUUCGUCUUCUGCCUUGCGCUUUAUGGCGCAACUAGCAUCCGCGGUUUCCAUCGUUGGUGCGGAGGCUGAGGCAGCCUCUUCGCUGGUCUGAACCGAUGGCUUCUUUUUCUUCUUCACCAUUGACGUCAGAUCGUUGACCUGCGCAGGAACGAUAGGUGCCGCUGACGCUCCCACGUUAAGCUCGUUAUCGAGAGCUUUUGCAGCCAAGGCGGGUGCAGAUAAUCCUUGCUCGUUUGGAAGUGUCUUGAGCUCCUCGACCUAGAAACCGAUAUACAAUACA